GAAUGAGCUGAAGUCAAGCUGGUUGUGAAGGUGCUGGACUUGUUCCCCCCUGCGCCCCAAGCCGGACACAGCAUGGCGGCGGGAGUAGCGGCAUGGCUUCCGUUUGCGCGGGCAGCCGCCAUCGGCUGGAUGCCUGUGGCCAACUUGCCCAUGCCAGUUGCGCCCACUGAAAAGAACAAGAGACAGGAUGAGCUCAUAAUUCUUAACGUCAGUGGACGGCGCUUCCAGACCUGGAGGAACACGCUGGACCGUUAUCCAGACACGCUGCUCGGCAGCUCAGAGAAGGAGUUCUUCUACAACGAAGACACCAAAGAGUACUUCUUUGAUCGUGAUCCUGAUGUGUUUCGCAGUGUGCUCAACUUCUACCGCACAGGCAAGCUCCACUAUCCACGCUACGAGUGCAUCUCCUCUUACGAAGAGGAGCUGGCUUUUUUUGGUAUUGUCCCAGAGAUCAUUGGAGACUGCUGCUAUGAAGAGUACAAGGACAGGAAGAGGGAGAAUGCAGAGCGCCUCAUGGAUGACCAGGAGGACAACAAAGAUGCUAAGCUACCCAACAUGACCUUCAGAGAGACCAUGUGGCGGGCCUUCGAGAACCCUCACACAUCCACCAUGGCCCUGGUCUUCUACUAUGUCACUGGCUUCUUUAUUGCUGUCUCUGUCAUCACCAAUGUAGUAGAGACGGUGCCCUGUGGUUCAGCACCCAACCAGAAAGAGGUGCCAUGCGGAGAGCGCUACACUGUGGCCUUUUUCUGCAUGGACACAGCCUGCGUGAUGAUCUUCACCGUGGAGUACCUAAUGCGUCUAUAUGCUGCGCCCAACCGCUAUCGCUUCAUGAGAUCUGUUAUGAGUAUAAUUGAUGUGGUGGCCAUCCUACCCUACUACAUCGGCCUGGUGAUGACGGACAACGAGGACGUGAGCGGGGCUUUUGUGACACUUCGUGUCUUCCGUGUGUUCCGAAUCUUUAAGUUCUCCCGGCACUCGCAGGGCCUGCGCAUCCUGGGCUACACGCUGAAGAGCUGUGCCUCGGAGCUGGGCUUCCUGCUCUUCUCCCUUACAAUGGCCAUAAUUAUCUUUGCUACUGUCAUGUUCUACGCAGAGAAGGGUUCAAGCUCCAGCAAAUUCACCAGCAUCCCAGCUUCCUUCUGGUACACCAUCGUUACUAUGACAACGCUUGGGUACGGAGACAUGGUGCCGAAGACAAUUGCAGGAAAGAUCUUCGGUUCCAUCUGCUCUCUGAGCGGGGUGCUGGUAAUCGCCCUCCCUGUGCCUGUCAUCGUGUCCAACUUCAGCCGCAUCUAUCACCAGAACCAGAGAGCAGACAAGCGGCGGGCGCAGAAGGUUCAGAAAGCCCGCUUGGCCAGGAUACGACUAUCCAAGACGAGGAGCUCGAGUGCCUUCCUGCACAACAAGCGCAACGGCCUGUUCAAUGAAGUCCUUGAGCUCACGCAACUUCCGUACAAGAUGAACCUUUCGAACCAGGGUAACAACGAGGAGGAGAAAAGCAAAUCUACCUCUCUAAUAGAGAGCCAGCAUCACCACCUGCUGCACUGUUUGGAGAAAACCACUAACCAUGAGUUUGUGGAUGAACAGUAUUAUCAGCAGAGCUUUUUGGAGGCGGGGCUGCAGAGUUAUCCAUCUCGAAGCCCCUCCCUCUCCAGCCAGGAUGGCGUGACGGGGACGUGCUGCACCCGUCGAAACAAGAAGCGUCACAGCCCUUUACCGAACGCCAGCGCUCCAGCACACAUGCAGCCUUUGACGCACACGCACAUACACAAACAAGCCCUGCAGGAGCUCAGCGCCAUCCACAUCCAGCCCCUCAGCACCAGGUAA